AUGGCCUCCAAUUCCAUCAAAGAUUCCCCCAGCACCGCAGCCGUGGCUGCUUCCAGCCCAGCUACUCAAGCUACUACUACCACCAUCCUCCAAAACCCAUACCUCCGUGCCGCCCUUCCCUUCAUCAACGGCGGCCUCUCCGGUAUGACCGCCACCGCAGUAAUUCAACCUGUCGAUAUGGUCAAAGUCCGUCUCCAGCUCGCCGGUGAAGGUGGAAAGACCGGCCCCCGCCCCUCCGCCUUCGGAAUCACCCGCGACAUCAUCGCCGCCGGCAAAGUCGCUGACCUCUACACUGGCCUUUCCGCCGGUCUCCUCCGUCAAGCAGUCUACACCACCGCCCGCCUGGGUCUCUUCGACACCUUCAUCAAAUCUCUCAACGCAAACGCCGAAUCGGCAAACCGAAAAGUCACUUUCGCUGAGCGCGCCGCAGCUGGCCUGACCGCCGGUGGCGUUGCGGCUAUGAUUGGAAACCCAGCCGACCUGGCCCUUGUCCGUAUGCAAUCUGAUGGCCUCAAGCCCGUCGCCGCGCGCGCAAACUACCGUUCCGUCUUUGAUGCGCUGGCUCGCAUCUCGAGCACAGAAGGUGUCGCGGCUUUGUGGGCGGGUGCGUGUCCGACGGUUAUUCGGGCCAUGGCCCUUAAUAUGGGACAGUUGACCUUCUUCGCCGAGUCCAAGGCACAGCUUAAGCAGCAUACAAGCUUGUCGACACAGAGUCAGACAUUUGCGGCGUCCGCCAUUGCGGGCUUCUUUGCUAGUUUCCUUUCAUUGCCGUUUGACUUUAUUAAGACACGGUUGCAGAAGCAGCAGAAGGACCCGAAGACAGGCCUCGUGCCCUAUCGGGGUGUUUUGGAUUGUGCGCGCAAGGUUGUUGCGGAGGAGGGUUGGUUGCGCUUUUACCGUGGCUUUGGCACUUAUUACGUGCGGAUCGCUCCUCAUGCUAUGGUGACCCUCAUCGUGGCUGAUUACCUCAACCUUAUUACCAAAUAA